UUUCUGUUAAUUAUUGCUAUAAAUUAUUUUAGUAAAUCAUUAAAAAUUUUAUAGAUCUUAUAAUUUGUUACUUUAUAUUUACCUAAAAUCGUUACAACAAGAUGUCUAUAGAAGAAUUGGAUAGCUCUGAACUGGGUACAAUGGAAUAUUGGGAAACCAGCUAUAGUCGCGAAAUCUAUAAUUACAACAGAAAUGGAGAUGUUGGUGAAAUAUGGUUUGAUGAGGACUCACAAAAUCGUAUAAUUACUUGGAUAUUAAAGCAAGAUUCAAUAGAAGAAGACGAUCGCAUAAUUGAUUUGGGUUGUGGCAACGGCAUGCUACUUAUAGAACUAGCACAAGAAGGUUAUAACAACUUAUUGGGAGUAGAUUACUCCCCAAAAGCUGUUCAAUUAGCCAAUAGUAUAAAAAAUGACAGAAAAUUAAAUAUACAAUAUGCAGUAGCCGAUCUGACAAAUCUAGAAGAAAUGAAAAAACUUGGUAUAUUUAAAAUUGUCCAUGAUAAAGGUACUUACGAUGCGAUAAGUUUGUGUCCUGAUAACUCAAAGCAGAAACGAGAUUUAUAUAUAAAUUCUGUGCUAAAUAUUAUGGAUGAGAAGAGUUUAUUUAUAAUUACAUCGUGUAAUUGGACUGAAGACGAAUUAAUUUUAAGUUUUGUUGAUAAAUUUCUCAAAAAAUGUACAAUACCAACACCGUCAUUUAAAUUUGGCGGGAAAGUUGGCAACGUUGUUACAUCAAUGGUUUUUACAAAAAAAUAAAUAAU